AUGACGCUCACAAAUGCUUACAUGUGUACAAAGCUGCGAGACUUUGAGCAAGACAACCAGCAGGACAUUGAGGUGGAUGAGGGGAACACGGCUUUGAUCCAGUGUCACCUCCCUGAGAGCCAGCCCAAGGCACAGGUUCGCUACAGUGUCAAACAGGAGUGGCUCGAGACCUCCAAAGGGAACUACCUGAUCAUGCCAUCAGGGAACCUGCAGAUAGCCAACGCCACUCUGGACGAUGAGGGGCCCUACAAGUGUGCUGCUUACAACCCUGUCACACAGGAGGUCAAGACCUCCACCUCCACUGACCGCCUGCGCAUACGCCGUUCGACGUCGGAGGCGGCCCGUAUCAUCUACCCCCCAGUGUCUCGCACCAUCAUGGUCACUAAGGGACAGCGUCUGGUCCUGGAGUGUGUGGCCAGCGGCAUCCCGACCCCGCAAGUCACAUGGGCCAAGGACGGUCAGGACCUGCGUUUCCAUAACAACACGCGCUUCCUCCUCAGCAACCUGCUGAUCGACGCGGCGGGCGAGGGCGACUCAGGGACGUACAUGUGUCACGCUGACAACGGCAUCGGAUCAGAGAGUGCUGCUACUGUGCUGUAUGACGUGCAGGUGUUCGAGCCUCCCCAGGUGACUAUGGAGCUCCAGCAGCAGGAGGUGUCGUGGGGGGAGAGUGUGCGCUUCAGCUGCCUGGCCAGGGGUAAACCCACCCCCUCUGUGGUAUGGCUCCACAACGCCCGCCCCCUGGCCUCGUCACCACGCCACCGCCUGUCUGCCCGCGUGCUGCGUGUCAUCAACGUGGGCCCGCAGGACGAUGGCCUGUACCAGUGCAUGGCUGAGAACGGCGUGGGCAGCUCGCAGGCUGCCGCCAGGCUGGUCACCUUCCCAACUGGUGUUCCGUCUCGGUCAGGGAAGCUGCCCUCCAUCCUGCGUCCACUGAGCCCAGACAAGGUGCUGCGGGAGCAGGUCCCAGUGAAGCCUGGGGCCACGGGUAGCGUGCUGACCCAGGACUGCUCUGAGCUGACUGGGCAGAUCUCUGUGGCAGAGGCCCCUGUCAUCCUCAGCCAGCCCAGGACCGUCAAGGCUGACUUCUAUGAUCUGACCUGGAAACCUCGCCACGAUGGAGGCUCUCCUGUGGUGGAGUACAUCGUCAAGUACAGAAAGAUAGAGGACCCUCCAGGUGAGUGGACCAGCAGCAGUAUCUCUGGGUUUCUCCACAAGCUGACCCUGGCCAAGCUGCAGCCAGCCAGUCUGUACGAGGUAGAGAUGUCUGCUAAGAACUGUGCUGGCCUGGGACAACCCGCCAUGAUGACCUUCAGGACAGGCAAAGGUCGUAGGGGUCCAGGAGGUCAGAACGAGCUCCCUAAAACUCCUCCAGUACCAUCACCUCGCCUCUCUCCUCCCGAGGCCCCUGAUAAGCCCACCAUCUCCAUGGCGACUGAGACAUCUGCGUACGUGACAUGGAUCCCCCGCGGUAACCGUGGUUUCCCCAUCCAGUCGUUCAGAGUGGAGUUUAAGAAGCUGAAGGGGAAGGGAGGAGGGGAGUGGGAGGAGGCCGUCACUAACAUCCCCCCCCAACGACUGUCUGUGGAGAUCACUGGCCUGGAGAAAGGCAUGUCCUAUAAGUUCCGUGUGUUGGCGGUAAAUGUGAUUGGCGCCAGCCCCCCCAGUGCCCCCUCUAAGGCCUACACGGUGGUGGGUGGUGGCAGGCCCAACGAACGCCCUGUAGACGGACCCUACAUCACUUAUAAUGAAGCCAUCAACGAGACCACCAUCAUCCUCAAAUGGACGUACACUGCCGUCAACAACACCCCUGUCUACGGUUUCUACAUCUUCUACCGGCCGACAGACAGUGACAACGACAGUGACUAUAAGAAGGACGUGGUGGAGGGUGACCGUUACUGGCACUCUAUCACUGACCUGCAGCCUGAGACGGCCUACGACAUCAAGAUGCAGAGCUUCAACGAGGGGGGAGAGAGCGAGUUUGGCAACGUGGUUAUCUUAGAAACUAAAGCUCGUCUGAACCAGCGGCCCUCUCCAUCGGAGGCGUCGUCCCAGAGACCAGAGCACCCCGGGGGGCCUGUGCCCCGCCCCAGCGACCUCCCCUACCUCAUAGUGGGUGUGGUCCUGGGGGCCCUCGUCUUCAUCAUUGUAGCCUUCAUCCCCUUCUGCCUGUGGAGAGCCUGGGCCAAACAGAAGCAAACAUCAGACCUGUGUUUCCCAGCCGUGGCGCACCCUGUCUCCUCAUGCCAGUAUACCAUGGUGCCUCUGCAGGGCCUGGCUCUGGUUGGCCACUGCCCGCUGGACCCCCAUUUGCCCCCACCGCACGCCAUCUACCCCCCUAACAGAGAGUGCACGCCCAAUGGGAAACAUCAUUACCCCACACACCGUCUGCCAGGACUACGCCAGGAGGAUGUGGAGUAUGAUAUGGAGUGUGGCACGUUGCUAGCACAGACCAUGUCAAAUGGACACGCCCCAGUCUACCACUACUCUAACAGUGAGCCUGGAGACGGUGAGGACUGCUGUCUGCCCGAUGACUCCACCCUCCAGCUCCUCAACACCUCUGAACAGCCAAUCAGCACUCAGGACCUGACGGGCAAUGCCCAUUUUUACAAUGGGGACAUCAUACGGGAGGUUGACAUCAAUCUAGACCUUCUACCCUGCUCUCCCUCUCCUCUGCUAUCACUGGAGGAGAACUCCACGGCGACAACAUCAACAGCUACAACGCCAGAAUCCCAAGAUGCACUUCCACUCCAGAGUGAAACACCAGCGGGAGAAAAAGGGACGUCAGACUCAACAGAUGCUUGAAAAACACUCUCAGAAAAACAUAAAACAAAAAAGUCUUUAUUUUUGUAUCACAGAUAUUUAUAUAUUUAUGCUUUUGUACAUAAACAUUGUUUUGUUAUGCUGUAUAUAAGGAUAUGUUCAUAUUGAAAAAUACAUGUAUCUGUAUGUCCUGUCACUAAAAACAGGAGAGUUUCUGUGAUGUUGUAAUCCUGCUAUGUGAUUGUAUAUUCAUGUCUGCAUACCUUGAGGAAGGAGGGGGAGUAUCUGAGAUGUUGUAAUCCUGCUAUGUGAUUGUAUAUUCAUGUCUGCAUACCUUGAGGAAGGGGGGGGAGUAUCUGAGAUGUUGUAAUCCUGCUAUGUGAUUGUAUAUUCAUGUCUGCAUACCUUGAGGAAGGGGGGGGAGUAUCUGAGAUGUUGUAAUCCUGCUAUGUGAUUGUAUAUUCAUGUCUGCAUACCUUGAGGAAGGAGGGGGAGUAUCUGAGAUGUGUUUCCAAUCCUGGUGCUGAUUUAAGUGAGUCGGCACAUUCUGUUGAAGGUUUCAUCUGCCUGGCAUGCCACUGUUUCUCUGACUAGGCACCAGCAGCACAACUACCAGUCUGCUUUAAGUCCCUGUAGAACUAUGUUCCCCUUAUUUCCAACUCAGACAUCUGGUUAUUAUACGAUCCUGAUAGUCGCAUGUCAGAAAAACUCAAAAAGACCAAUGGACAGGGUUGUGCUGCUCAGUAGAGGAACAGAGAGCAAGCUUUUUGAGGGGGCACUACCUCAAUAUGUUCAAUGAAAAUGCAUUUUAUACACCCCCCUGAUGUAUCAAUCGGUUUUGACCCUGUGUUGUAUAUACUCCCUCUUCUGUUCAGUGUUGUCAUAAUGGUACAAGUGUCCGCCGUUUCAUAUAGAACUAACAGAAAUGAAUUUUUCAUCAAAAGUAUUAAAUGUAUGCAACUUAAAAUCAUUCUGCCUUCAGUAGUUUAGAGUACAAAGAAAUAUAUUGUAUAGUUUAUUUAUUUUUAGGAGCCUGAUUUUUGUUUUUAUCACUGAAUGGGAAAGAUUCUGGAAGUUUUGUUACCUAGUCACACACAAGCUGACUGAAAUGACAGUCUGUUUCUGCUGGUCACUAAUCCAAAUGACUGCCUUGUGAGGGGAUCUUUGACGGCUGCGUCAAUAUUAUCCUUCCCUCACAUUGGUGCAUCAGUAUUAGCCUUCCCUGUGAGGCAUCGGAGAUCAAAAUGAAGGAGUUCCUGAAUCUGUAAUCCAUCUUUGUGUGUAGCUGUUGUCAUGGUUACACCGGCUGGAGCACUAUUGCAUGUAAAUAAA